UCAUUUAUCAGCGUUACAGGCUCAACUCAUUUAUGGAGACCACUGUCAUAUAACAUUCCCAUCUCUCUCCACUUGACCACCACCCUCCUCAUCCAUGGCAGACGACCAGCCUCCUCCACCGGUGCCGGCACACCCAAAAGGCUAUAAAUUGACCGCCUCUUCAAUCUCCUACGCCAAAAGCACCGCCACGAUUCCACCAUUCUUACAUCUUUUCAAUUGCUGUACCACAACAAUCCCUCCUUCUUACAUCCUCAAUCAUGUUUCCCUCACAGCCUACCCCUCCCAAAUCCUCGCCAUUGUCGGCCCAAGCGGCGCCGGCAAGUCCACCCUUCUCGACAUCCUCCUCGCCGCCACCCGCACUUCCGCCACCUCGGGCGUUCUCCUCCUCAACUCCUCCCCCUUUAAUCCUUCAUCAUUCCGGAAGCUAUCUUCUUACGUCCCACAAGACGACGCCUGCCUCCCCCUCCUCACUGUCGCGGAGACGUUUGCCUUCGCCGCCCGCCUCCUCCAGCCCAAGCCCUUCGACACCGCUCCUCUUUCUCGCGACCUCGGCCUCAGUCACUUAGCUCAUACUAGGCUCGCCGAUGGGCUUUCCGGUGGCGAGCGAAGACGGGUCUCCAUCGGCCUCAGCCUUCUCCACGACCCGGCUGUGUUGCUUCUCGAUGAGCCCACCUCUGGUCUUGACAGUACCAGUGCUUUUAACGUCAUGCAGAUUCUAAAAUCAAUCUGUGUUUCACGUCACCGAACCAUUGUGCUAUCUAUUCACCAGCCAAGUUUCAAGAUUCUAUCUGUCAUUGACAGAAUCUUACUUCUUUCCAAAGGAUCAGUGGUUCAUCAUGGAACUCUUGCUUCACUUCAGAGUUUUCUUCACACUAAUGGCUUCUCUGUGCCUCCUCAGCUCAAUGCUUUGGAAUAUGCCAUGGAAAUAUUGAACCAACUUGAUGAGCUUGAACCCAUGAACAUCGCUCCUGAUGAAGAAAGUCGUGGGAAUUCUCCAUCUAAGAAUUUAGCCACCACUACUACAAGAAAGAUGAUCCGAUAUAGGAGCUCAAGAAUCCAUGAAAUCUGUGCUCUUUACAGGAGAUUUUGGAAGAUCAUUUACAGAACAAAGCAGUUACUUUUGACCAACACAAUAGAAGCACUUCUCGUUGGCCUUGUCCUUGGAACCAUUUACAUCAACAUUGGCUUCGACAAGGAAGGGAUCGAGAAAAGGUUCGGUCUUUUUGCCUUCACUCUCACUUUCCUCCUUUCUUCCACCACUGAAACGCUUCCGAUCUUCAUCGGAGAGAGACCGAUCUUACUGAGAGAAACAUCAAGUGGGGUCUAUAGGCUAUCCUCUUACAUCAUCGCCAACACACUCGUUUUCCUGCCAUACCUACUGGUUAUUGCUGUUAUUUACUCUAUCCCAGUCUACUUCUUAGUGGGUUUGUGUGCUUCUUGGCUUUCUUUCGCUUACUUCGUUCUGGUCAUUUGGCUCAUAGUUCUAAUGGCUAAUUCAUUCGUCCUCUUCUUGAGCUCUAUUGCGCCUAACUACAUUUCUGGGACUUCGCUGAUGACAGUGCUUCUUGCUGCAGUGCUUCUUGCUGCGUUUUUUCUGUUUUCUGGCUAUUUCAUCUCCAAGGAUAGCUUACCCAAAUACUGGCUUUUCAUGUAUUUCUUUUCUAUGUACAAGUACGCUCUUGAUGCUCUUCUCAUAAACGAAUACUCUUGUUUGUUCACGAGGUGCUUCAUAUGGUACGAACAGAAUGAUGGAGAGUGUAUGGUUACAGGAGGAGAUGUGAUGAACAAGAGGGGACUCAGUGAGGCACAGAGAUGGACUAAUGUGUAUGCCUUGCUUGGUUUCUUUGUUUUGUAUCGUGUGCUUUGUUUGUUCGUGUUGAUCAGAAGGGUUUCCAGAUCCAAAAGUUAGAAAUUAAGCAUAUGUAUAGUUGAAAAUUGAAAUUACGUUUUUUUUCCCCAAUAUCAACUUGUUUAAGUUGAUUGAUCUCGGCUUGUUUUGUUUCAACUGGUUUUGCAUGGUUUGUAUAUUUUGAUCAUACACAGCCAUAAAGAAAGUAUAUUUCAUUGAUAUGAAGAGUGAUGUUUCUGUUUCGUCCGAUAAAGUUGUGGGCGAGACGUACUUGAGAAUUGAUGUUUCAUUUUUGUCCCACAACGACCAUGUAUACAUAUUUUUGG